AAACAUUUUAAAAUUGUUUGAAAUAGAAAAAUCAUACGAAAAAUUACAUCAAAAAUGAAUAAAUCGGAUGCAGACACUCGCCAGGGCCAGUACAAGGCCAACAACAUCAAUACGCAGGACUCGCGCAUGCGCCGCCAUGAGGUGACCAUCGAGCUGCGCAAGUCAAAGAAGGACGAUCAGUUGUUCAAGCGCCGCAACGUCACUGAGGAGGACGUAAGCACACCGUCGAAGGAACUCAAGGGGAAGUCGAUGGACGAAAUCGUCGCUGCCAUGAAUAGUGAGGAUCCGGAACGCCAAUUCGCGGGCAUGCAGCAGACACGCAAAAUGCUCAGCCGCGAGCGUAAUCCACCCAUUGAUGUGUUGAUCAACCAUGGAGUUGUUCCCAUCUGCAUUCGCUUCCUACAGAACGACAGCAACUCUCUUUUGCAAUUUGAGGCCGCCUGGGCUCUGACCAACAUCGCAUCGGGCACAUCGGAACAGACACGUUCUGUUAUCGAACAGAAUGCCGUGCCGCUUUUCAUAUCACUGCUGCAGUCGAAGUCGCUUAAUCUCGCCGAGCAGGCCGUCUGGGCCUUGGGCAACAUUGCCGGCGAUGGCCCGGCUGCGCGUGACAUUGUAAUCCAGCACAAUGUCAUCGAUGGCAUUUUGCGUUUAAUCAAUAAUGAGACGCCGCUGUCGUUUCUCCGCAACAUUGUCUGGCUGAUGUCGAAUUUGUGCCGCAACAAGAAUCCGUCGCCGCCCUUUGACCAGGUGAAGCGCCUGUUGCCGGUGCUGGCGAAGCUGCUGGUCACCCAGGAGGAUGCACAGGUGCUGGCCGAUAUCUGCUGGGCCCUGUCCUAUGUGACGGACGAUGAAAACAGCAAGAUACAGGCAGUCGUCGAUACGAAUGCAGUGCCGCGUCUGGUGCAACUGUUGCAGACUGAUGAGCCGAGCAUCAUUGCCCCGGCACUGCGGAGCGUGGGCAACAUUGUGACCGGAACGGAUAAGCAGACCGAUGUGGUUAUAGCCGCUGGUGCCUUGCCCAAGCUUGCCAAGCUCUUGCAGCACUCGAAGCCCAACAUUGUGAAGGAGGCUGCCUGGACGGUGAGCAACAUCGCGGCUGGCAAUCGGAAACAGAUUCAGGCUGUCAUCGAUGCGGGCAUCUUUGCGCAAAUACGCCAUGUGCUCGCGAAGGGCGAUUUCAAGGCACAAAAGGAGGCCGCCUGGGCUGUGGCCAAUACCACCACUUCGGGCACACCCGAGCAGAUUAUUAAUCUGGUCGAAAAUUACAAGAUACUGAAGCCAUUUAUGGACUUGCUCGAUGCCAAAGAUCCGCGCACAAUCACUGUGGUCCUGACUGGUUUGUCCAAUCUGUUUGCGCUCGCCGAGCGGCUGGGCGGCAUCGAGAAUCUGUGCCUCAUGGUCGAGGAGCUUGGCGGUCUCGACAAACUGGAAGCAUUGCAGCAGCAUGAGAACCGGGAGAUCUACAAGAAGGCCUAUGCCAUAAUAGAUACAUACUUCAGUACUGACGACGACGAGCCCGAAAACGAGCUGGCGCCACAGGAGUCCAGCGACACGCAGCCCGACGCACCGUAG